GAAUGCCCAGCCUGUAGACUAUGUGGUGCUUCCAACCGCCAUCUUAUAUGCCAAGAGCCACUCAGGUGUAUUCAUACCCUGCCGUGCAUUACUGGAUUCUGGAUCUCAACUCAACUUUAUCACUGCUCGUCUAGUAAAGCAGCUCCAACUCAAAACUCAUCAUGCUGCCGUAUCAAUAUCUGGUAUAGGCGAAUCAACCCUAUCUUCUAACAUGUCCACUGACAUAUCAGCGCAGUCACGUGAUAGGAGCUUCAGCACAUCAUUUUCAGCAGUCGUUACUCGCAGUAUAACGGGUUAUCAGCCCCACUUUGGGUUAGACAUCUCUGGGUGGAAUAUCCCCAAAAACAUCUCGCUCGCGGAUCCAUCGUUUUUCAAAUCUCAAAGAAUAGAUUAAUUACUUGGUGCCGCACUUUUUUCGAUCUCAUUUGCAUCGGCCAAAUUCGAAUGGCGGAUAACCUACCAACGCUCCAAAAGACCAAGCUCGGAUGGAUUGCGUCUGGCGGACUCUCUCGCGUACACAACAAACACACAUCCCUUUCAGCCCUUUACAAGGAACCUAAUCCAUGGGAGGAUCCACUGUCGGAUAUUGUAAAACGUUUCUGGGAAGUCGACAAUUGCUGCGGUACAACCCCUGCGCUCUCUGAUGAAGACGCACUAUGUGAGCAGCUAUUUCUCCAAGGCUACACGCGACUAAAGUCAGGGCAGUAUUCAGUUAGGCUUCCAGCAAAGCUCAGCUUCGACACGCUAGGAGACUCAUAUCAACGUGCUCUACGACGUUUCAAGUCGCUCGAAAACAAAUUGGACAAAAAUCACCAGCUGAAGGAGAGCUACUCUGCAUUCAUGUGCGAAUACAUCGAGUUGGGCCACAUGUCUUUGGCUUCCAAGCAGCAGCUUGUCCCACAAUUCUAUUUACCCCACCACUGCGUAGAAAAGCCAGAUAGCUCAACCACCAAAUUGCUCGUCGUUUUUGAUGGAUCAGCCAAAUCCACAUCAGGCGCAUCUCUGAAUGAUCUUUUGCAUACAGGCCCAGCAAUUCAACCCAAAUUAGUCAACAUUCUAAUUCAGUUUCGUUUUUUAAAGGUUGCCAUGUGCGGUGACAUCUGUAAGAUGUACCGCUGUGUCCGAAUAACGCAUCCAGAUCAAUUUCUGCAAUGCAUCUUAUGGCGUGAUCACCAAAAUGAAAGCAUAAGGACGUACACCCUGGAUUGAUCGCGCCCAUCGUUACCAGGUUAAAGCUUGAAAUUCUCCCGUUUUGUAUUGAUGCCGCUGGCUACGUAUGAGCUGCAUGGAUUUUGCGACGCCAGCACAGCCGCUUAUGGUGCUUGCGUAUUUGUCAGAUCCGAAAUGCAAGGGGUAUUUUCAUCACAUUUGCUAUGCUCUAAAUCAAGGGUCGCCCCAUUAAAGACGCUGACAAUCCCAAAGCUUGAGCUGGCAGCUGCACUUUUAUUAUCAGAGCUCAUAGGAAACAUUGCCAAGUGCAUUCAGUUCGAAUGCAGAUAUCAUUGCUGGACCGACUCAACAGUAGGGUAUCACAAAUACAGGAGCGGACCAAGGGCAUGACCUGGCAUCAUGUACCCUCUCAGCUGAACCCUGCGGACAUUUUAUCACGUGGAUGCACACCUUUGGAACUUUUAGACUCACAGCUAUGGCAUAAUGGACCCCCAUUUAUACAGGCCGCUAGCUCGACUUGGCCUCAAAACGUCGCCUAUCCCUUUGAGCUUCCAGAACGACGCCAGAAAGUGCUGGUACUAUCAACGAAGACGGACCUAUCGGCAUCUUGUAAAUUCAACAACACAUUUGCCUAGUUACAGCGCACUUUCGCAUACGUGUAUCGAUUUAUAGCGCUAAAAAGAUCUGAUUCGACGAGUUCAAAAGGUCCACUCACUCCAUAUGAUAUCAAGUGCGGAACGCAUUUACUUAUAAAAAACAUUCAACUUACGCA